GAAAGAGGCUCGCUCCUCCCUUCGCUCUCUCCACCUUGCGGCGCUCCACCUCCGUCCCCUCGCCGCCGCUUCUCACUUCGCCUCCCCUCUCAAACACCCCAAGCCGCAGCGCAGGCACGCGCGCCGACGUCUAUCCACCCAGCGGCACUCCUCAUGCCCUGCAUCCUCCACCGCCUGCAGACGAGUCCCCCACGCCACCGCGGCCACGCCUCGCCGUCCAUGUCCAUGGCCGCCGCCCCGGCUUCCUGAUUCGUCCCGUACCCGCGCGUCGCUCCUCCCGAUUCCAUCCCCGUCCGCGCCAUGCCGCCGCUGCGCGGAGCCAAGCGCCGCCGGAAGGCGGCGUUGGAGAAGAAGGCGGCAGCGGUCGCAAUGGCGUCUGCCGCCGCGGGCGACCCUCCUGGCGACUGGUGGGAAGCCUUCUGCAUCCGUAUGUCAGGAACCUUAUCUUCUAUCGAGGAUGCACAAAGAUUUGAGUCUAUAUUCAAAAUGCCAAGAAGAGCCUUCGACUAUGUCUGCAAUUUGGUGAGAGAUGAAAUGAUGGUGAGGUCCUGCAGCUAUACCUUCCUUGAUGGCACAGUGCUGUGUUUGGAAGACCGAGUGGCCAUUGCUCUGCGAAGGCUGAACUCUGGUGGGUCACUGGUGACCGUAGGAUCCUCUGUUGGAGUGAACCACUCAACCGUGUCGCUGAUAACCUGGAGGUUCAUCGAGGCUAUGGAGGAGCGAGCGAGCCACCACCUGCGCUGGCCAGACUCUAUUGAAAUGGAGAAGAUCAAGUCCAAGUUCGAGAAGAUCCAUGGUCUGCCAAACUGCUGCGGCGUUGUGGAUACAACACACAUCACAAUGUGCCUUUCAUCAGCCGAGCCGAACUGCAAGGUCUGGCUUGAUCAGGAGAAGAACUACAGCAUGGUGUUGCAAGCCGUUGUUGAUCUGGACACCAAGUUCACAGACAUCGUGACUGGCUGGCCUGGUAGCAUGAAAGAGUCGAGCAUUUUGCACAGCUCUGGCCUUUUCAAGCUCUGCGAGAAAGGCGAGCGGCUGAAUGGCAGCAAGCUGAAGGUAUCAGAUGGGUCAGAGAUCGGGGAAUACUUGAUCGGCGACUCCGGCUACCCCCUUCUCCCCUGGCUGCUCACACCUUACCAAGAGAAGGACCUCACAGAGUCCAGUGCUGAGUUCAACAUUAGGCACUCUUCUGCGAGAACAGUCGCUCCGAGAACACUGGCCAAGUUCAAGGACACAUGGAAGUUCCUGCAAGGGGAGAUGUGGCGUCCGGACAAGCACAAGCUGCCCCGGAUAAUCCAUGUCUGCUGCUUGCUGCACAACAUAAUCAUAGACCUUCAGGAAACAGCAGUGGACGAGGCACAGGCGUGGCCGAGCGAUCAUGACGCUAAGUACAGGCAGCAAGUGUGCCAGCUAGCUGAUGAGAAUGGAGUCAGGGUGAGGGACAAACUGUCCCAGCACCUGAUUAGCAAGUGACCACCACCAAGCGUAAAGCUUAUUGGACGAGAGAGUAGUGCCAUUUUCAUCUGUUUCAGGCAGCUCUAAAUCCCUUUUGAUGUCCAGUUUUGCAGAGUUGUAAAUGAGGCAGGUGAGGGCAUCGGUUCAAACUCACUGUAACCCUCUUAAAAUUAAAAUUAAGGCUGUUGCAAACUUGUCAAAAAUCAAUGUGGCAUUGUGGCUCCUUUGGUUUAUAAUGUUUGUGCUUUGGUGGGCUUG